GUGUCUUACACUGAACAUACUUUGCAGUUUAGUCGCUGCCUGUAAAAAGGUUUCUCUAUUCUUAUAAGCAUUUCUGAAAGAAAAAUAUACAUAUUGUUCUGGAAAAAGUUAAUUCAACGCACAACGAUUGUAUUGCAUUUUACAGAAAAGCAUUUAUGCCGAUUUUUUGGCUAAAAUAGUUAUAUAUUAAUUUUUAAAGUGCAAAUAAUUGAAAAUCAUUAUAAUACUUACGUCUCAAAGGAAAACAAUUUAGUCAGCCAUGCAAGCAAUCAAAUGUGUUGUUGUGGGUGAUGGAGCUGUUGGUAAAACAUGUCUCUUGAUAAGCUACACCACAAAUGCGUUUCCUGGAGAAUAUAUACCUACUGUUUUUGACAACUAUUCAGCAAAUGUUAUGGUCGAUGCAAAGCCAAUUAAUUUAGGCCUUUGGGAUACAGCCGGUCAAGAGGACUACGAUCGUCUUCGUCCACUUUCCUAUCCACAGACAGACGUCUUCCUUAUCUGUUUUUCAUUGGUUAAUCCGGCCUCUUUUGAAAAUGUACGAGCAAAAUGGUAUCCUGAAGUACGCCAUCACUGCCCUAGCACACCAAUAAUUUUGGUUGGUACUAAGCUUGACUUGCGUGAUGAUAAGAAUACCAUUGAAAAAUUACGUGAUAAAAAAUUAGCUCCUAUUACUUAUCCGCAAGGACUUGCCAUGGCUAAAGAAAUCGGGGCUGUUAAAUAUUUGGAAUGUUCAGCUUUAACACAAAAAGGUCUUAAAACUGUUUUUGAUGAAGCAAUACGCUCCGUACUGUGCCCCGUACUACAGCCAAAAUCAAAACGUAAGUGUACGCUGCUAUAAUUAUUUCAUUCAACUAGUGGAGCCUGUACCGAAAACUAAAUUGGCAAAAAUAAAACAAAGGCUAUACUAUAUAUAACCAGUUAAUCUACGCUAAAUCAAAACAUUUCAAUUUACAUAAAAUUAAAUCGAAUUUUUUGUAUAUUUUCACUGACAAUUUGUAUACAUCAACUAAAGUAGUCACUGCAUUCUAUUUAGUGAGUAAAUGUGUGCAUUUCAAAAAGUAUCAUAUGUCGUCAAAAUCUGAUUAAAUAAAAAGUAUAAAUUAUAUACAAAGUUAAUUAUAAUUAUAGAGGAACAGAUUUAUCCAAGUUUACCAAAAAUAAACUGGAAUUUCUUACAUUCAAAUCAAAUUAUUUUGGGUAUGACUAAUCAAGUUUUUGCUUCCUAAAGCUUUUGUUUGGGUUAACUCCGUUCAACGAGCAAAUUUUAGAAGGGGUUGUUUGUAACAGAAAUAUAAACUUAUAUAUUUUUUGUGACUAAUUUAGUAUUAUGCUUUAUUUGAAUAAUGCUGUUUUUAGUUAACUUAUUAAACAUAUGUUUUAUUGUUUCGUAAUAUAUUUUGUUAGUUUUCCAUGUGCAUUAAUUUAAACUUAAAGUUAUUUGCUUUAAUAAAAGAAAAAUUAAUAAAACUACUCUUUUAUAUUUAAUGUUGUAAAAUUUUAAAUACCAAAAAGUAGUAAAAAAAUACAAAUAUAAUGUAGUAAUUAUAAAAACAUGUUAACUUUAUUUGAACUGAAACCAUUUUUUCACAAUUUAAUAUAUAAAACCUUUAAUGUAUUGUAUGUGUAAGGAUUUAUGAAGAAACCUUCAUGUACUUGGAGUACUGAUAUUAAUUUAAAAUAAUUUUACAUACAUGUACGUACGUAAUUAUAAAUAAAAAUUAAAUUAUAUAAAUGUGUGUCACUAAAUUGAAAAAUAAAGAAAAUUGCAUA